AUGGGUCGCAUGCACACUCCUGGUAAGGGUAUCUCUGGUAGUGCCCUCCCCUACCGCCGCACUCCCCCUUCGUGGGUUAAGACCACCACCGAAGAGGUUGUCGACAUCAUCUGCAAGAGCGCCAAGAAGGGUAUGUCCCCUGCUCAGAUCGGUGUCAUUCUCCGUGACUCCCACGGUAUCCCCCAGGUUCGCAGCGUCACUGGUAACAAGAUCCUCCGUAUCCUCAAGUCCAACGGUCUCGCUCCCGAAGUUCCCGAGGAUCUCUACCAUUUGAUCAAGAAGGCUGUCUCCAUCCGUAAGCAUUUGGAACGCAACCGCAAGGAUAAGGACUCCAAGUACCGCUUGAUUCUUAUCGAAUCUCGUAUCCACCGUCUUGCUCGCUACUACAAGACCUCCGGUCAGUUGCCCCCCAACUGGAAGUACGAGUCCGCCACUGCUUCCGCUAUGGUCGCUUAAGCGCCUGGAGCAUCAUUCUAAUUUUUGAAUGCUACAUGGAAACCAUCAUUUUAUGUCUCGAACAAUAAAAUUGAUGCAACCUCACAGAUCACAUGUCUUUUUUGCUUUGAUAUUGUAUGACAUCCUAAGAUGAAUGUUUCCUAUUAUGCGCACGUAAAGCAACCAUGCUCAACCUGUGUUACGGCUUACGGAAUAUUUAAAAAUUGAUUUAUAUUGAAUAUGAGAAACCAUCCAUAGAUGCAUGAGAAUAUGCAUUGACCAACAUUCAGAAUUGUAAAGAAGUGAGGACAUUUUGGAAAGAAACCAUCGAUGCUUUCG